CUCGGCUCCUUUAUUUUGUGUUUUCGAUCAAUUUUUAUCGAAAUAAAAAUUUUGAGAUCAUGCAGUGAGAUGGAAUUGGAAUAGAGCAAAAUGGCAGAACAAGCCUAAAGUAUUCUAACACAGAAACCAUGGAGAAAUGAAGCGACGAAGCCAGCGCUUGUCGUUUGGCAUUUCUCCCGAGAAUUUGACAGUUGCGGGAGGAAGAAAAAACGAAAAGAAAAUGGCUUUGCGUUUGACUUUGAAGAUUUGUGAAUCAUUGAAAAAUAGUUGUAGUUUAAAUUUAAUUUUACGUCGCAAGUACCUUUAAAAUGGUGUAUGAACAUCAUCAGUGUUAGAUGUCUUUUCUCGUAAACGUUAAACCAGCAAGGAAAUUGUCUGGUAUAGAAAGACACCUUGUAGUUUUAAUGGUGACCGUAGCAGUGACCACCCUGGGUUUAUCAAGCCACAGGGUCCAGUUAAAUUGAUUUAGUUCUAUUCAUGAAGCACCCAGAGUACAGAAUGUCUCUGGAGGCAGCCUUGCCCUCCACCGACUCGGUCCACGCCUGGCUCGGACAUCAACUGGAAGUCCGUGGUAUAGACUCUAUUGUCUAUACUCGCUAUAUAAUCAGCCUUUUACAACAGGAUUACUGUGAACAGUUCGAUUGUGAUGAAUUGUGGGAUGGUAUCAAGUACGAUCAUACUAAACGUCGUGAAAGAAAGGGAGAUAAAAAGAAAUCUCCCGUUAAUGAGGAUGAAAGAAGAAAAAUGGCUGUAUUGGAUUGUCUUCAGUCUGUAUCCGACCAGGAUUGUGAUUUAGAGAAUUUAGUUGAUGAACUUUGGAAGAGAUUGAAAGAACCUAGAAUUUCAAAAGAAUGUUGUUCUCCUUUGUCUGUUAAUAUUCAACCAGAAGAUAACAAAACUAAACAACAUCUAGAUGUCACACGCUCACAAGAUCCAGCUCAAAGGUACUAUGCUGCAUUUCCUGCAUUGUCUGGAGAAGAUUCUCCUUCCUCCAUUUCACCAUCAGCUUGUGAAGUUACAGUCUGGAAGAAAAAUCCUCUCAAAACACCUCCAGUUGGUGCGACGGCGGAGAAACAAGACAACAAAACUGACAAUGAGAAACCUAAAAAGAGUACUGGACGAUCAGAAAUUAAAAUUAGUCUAGAACGGUCAAGUCAUCAAUCUAAAAAACGCUCGAAAAGUAUGACAGAUACGAAAGAAAGUGAUCACAAAACACAGAAAAUGGAGAGCAAGAAAAAAAGUUAUCCAAAAAGUAAUAAACAAAAACAACAAACAAAAAUGCAAAAAGUGAUCAAGAAACAUGGUGGAACUGUUCGUUUUCUGAGUUGGCCGCUGACUUCUCAAAAAAUAUUUGAAGAAGAGAAUGAUGGGAAGGAUGACAAACAAAAAGAGGCUGAGGCAGAAUAUUGCAACAAAGUUGAACAGAUAAUAAAAACGUUAUUAUUGUCUGGUGUCAGCGGAGACCAAACCAAGAAAAGUUCUGGCAUAGACUGGCCAGAGUGGAUGCGGGAAGAAUCAUUAAGCCCAGAGCUACAAGAGAAUUUUGAAUGGUACACACAGCCCAUGGGUGAAAUUCUUGUCACACACAGUUCUAGCAAACGUCUUUAUAAAAGACACAGUUAUCCCCCUUCCCUGUUGCUAGACGAUGACACAGAUCUGGAGGCCAUUUUGGGCCCAAUUUUGACCUCAAUGACCUCUAGAUAUACCUUUGUAGAUGAAGUUUUUUCUCCUUUGGCCGAAGACACAUCGAAAGAAGAUGACUUCUUUGAAAACCAAGUGCCUGAUAAAACCCAAGUCCCAAAAAAUAACCCUUUACCUCAAUCCACAUGCAAGGAAGAGCAGACGGAAUCUGAAUCUAGACUAAAAGUCAACCCAUUUAUGAAUGUACUAGACUACAGCAGUCCAACCAAUGGCUUAUUCAUGUUGUUUGACAACCUAGAAAAUACCAAUGAGAAUGCAUGUACAGCAGAGGAUCUGCCGCCCGAAACGAACGUCAUUGGUUCUAAUCGCGAGGUUGCUAAAGUUUCAGAAACUACUGAAGCGUGUAAAGAAAACUUCAAAGAUGAAGAAAUGGAAAAAAACUUGGAUUUAGGGAAGAAAAGAUUUGAAAGUCUCCUAAAUCUGAGUAACAAGGACAGGUUGAAUCCAUUGGAUGGUGAAUUUCUAGAUGAGGAUAGAGAAGUCAGCAGUGCCUGGAAUCCAGGGCCCGAUUUCGAAGGUGGCGUGGAAUCUAAUUCCUAUACCGAUUUGUAUGAAAUUUCGAGUUGUAGUACAUCGUUUGAUUCUGAUGACGGCACAGAUAUGUCUGACUUCGAAGGCAUGUUUACAUUUGAUAUGGAAAGCGAGGAUGAUUCCCAUUUGAAAGAAGUUCCUUCAAAACAAAAUGUGCCAAAAUUGACAAACAAGUUGGAAGACCUACAUUUUGAAAAUGUUAAAGAAUCUACCCCGGAAUCGCCUUACGGACUAGAUGUACCUGAAUCUACCUUCUUCACAGAAGAGCUGAUGAAGUCAUUCAAUUCCGUCAUCGACAGUCCAAGGAGUUCAGGAGUUUGUUCCGUUCUAGUUGAAAGUCCACGCAACUCUGGCGUAUGUUCGUUAUUGGUUGAAAGUCCACGGAGUUCAGUCAAUGCAGAUGAACAAGAAAAUUGGCAGAGUAAAUUUCUUUUACAAGAAUUCCUGCAUUCUUUUGAAGAUGAUUUCAAACUGUCAUCAGAUCCUUGGAAUUCCGUCUUGGAGGAGAGUGGCUUGAGAUGGAAUUUAACUCCAAAAAAUGAAGCUGAAAGCGUGAAAGAAAAGGGAAAAUCUGGACAGUUGUAUCAACUUUGGAAUGUAAAUACACAAAAGAAAAUUCCAUGGGCUGGACUGAUGUGGAAUAUGCCGUGUAAUUUUGAUGUUUGGAGUGUCCAAGAUGAGAGUAAAGAAGAACAAGAUCAACUUGACGCUGGCUGGAAACCAGUUCGAGACAUCGCAGAAGUUGAAUUUGAGGGCGGGGAAAUUUAUUUAUCGCAAACUGACGAUGCUGUAAUUGGAAUGGAACUCUUGGAGGAACUCCAUAACGAAACACCAAAAGAAAAUACCAGAAAUAAUCUCAGCGUUAAUUCGUGGGAAAGACACGAAAGGAGUGUGUCUGACAGUGAUAUUCAUGGACUAUGGGGAAAAUAUGGAUCACAUAAGCCUGAAUUUCAUCGAAGUUUUGAAUUGAUUCCAUCGGAAACGUCUGCUUUCACUGAUGUAGUACCUGUAAAAAUGAUGCAUGUCAGAAGUGUUCCUAAUAUGAAAUUAUCAUCACUUAUGUCCUUACAAUCUAAUGACAAUCCACAUCAAGGGGGUGCCACUGGACAACAGGAAUCUAGCGAACAUCUUUAUUUCUCUAACGAGACGCACUUUCGACCAAUCCAAACACCGAUUGGAACUCCUCAUGAAGAAAAAGUUGAACAACGAAGAGAUUUAUUCGGUGAUGUUGGCUUUUCGACUGGAACACCUUACCAACAGUUCCAUCAACCAGGCUCCGUGGAAGAGAAACUUCCGAUGUUUCGUCCAAAAUUCAAAGUCCAGAAAGACUUGGAUAAGUAUAUCCAGACAGGGCGAAGUUUAGAAGAGGGUUAUAACGACAAGAAACAGUCUGGUAUUGAAACUGAAAAGACAAAAGUUGCGGGUAACACUGGAGAUAUUUUUGAUACAACUUGCGAUGUGGAUGACCCUUUAGGAAAAGAAAGUGGAUUUGAAUCAAAUGGAGAAGUUGAAGAUUCUAAUUUAUGUCAAAAAGAAGAAUUCGGAGAUGAUCUUGGAUAUGAUUGGAUGGAGGAUUCGGGAUUGGAAGCGAAAUUUCAUCAUUUGUAUUUAGACGAUACAGAGCAAUAUUUGCCAGCCGCGCUGUCCAGUUUGUGGAAAGACAAAAUGUCGAAAAUAGACAAAGAACAUGUUGAUUAUUCCACGGCUUGGAGUUCAGGGUACGAUUUUGACGAAACGCGACCUGAAUACAACUAUGACUAUCUCCAAUAUUUGCCCUUAGUCAAAGAUGGAGAAUUGUCUUUUGGCCAAAAUCUUAAAAGUCCGUCCAAUUAUUCUGAUCAAACGCAAUCGUACAGAAAGUCAUCUGCAGGACAUAUCGACAAUCUUCAGUCAGAAUUUGCGAAUGUGGACAUAAACCAGGAUGAAAACGAGGAGUUUGAGACUCCAAAAGGAAACGAAGGAUUUAUGUGGCCCGGUGAAGAAAUAAAUAAAACUUUGGACGUGACCCCACCCCAGGAAUGUGAAAUGAAAGAAAACAAUUUGAGUGCAAAAACUAUGAAAACAUUAAAACCGUAUGAUUUUUGUUAUAAUGAUGAAAGUGAAUAUAUGGCCCGGUCAAUACCUAAUAGUGUAGAUGAACUGAGCCAGUAUUAUCUAGCCAAGUUUAAAGAUGCCAGUGAAAACGUUGAUCAUCAACCUAGUACCCAUGAAUUGUUGCAUACUCAUGGCUACUCUGUUGAUAUUGGACCACCAGUACCUAUCCCAGACUCAGCUGUUUAUUCUUACGAUCUGGAACAAGAGGAUCUAGGUGGGGGACCAGCCCCAGGACUACCACAAGUUGCUGUUUACUCGUCCGAUCUAGAGAAACAGUGGUUAGAUGGUGGAGAAGGUGUAGGCUUGUACCACAAUGAAUGGCCACCAUAUCUCAAUGUUCCUGAUGCUAGAAAGAAAGUUAAUAAAACCAAGAAAGGAACAAGUAGAAAACCAUGCAGUUUUUUCCUAGAGGGGGCGUGUAAAAGAUCAGAUUGUAAAUUCUCACAUGAUCUGUCAUCUAUAACUUGUCGGUUCUGGGAAGAUGGGAUGUGUUUUAAAGGCCCACUCUGUCCCUUUUUACAUGGCUAUCAUAUAAUCAGUGAUAGUGAUUCUAUAGAUUCUGGAGAAGGGAAAUUUGAACUGAAGAAGGAAGAAUUUCCUGAAUUAAAAACCAAUAAAACCACUUCUCGUAAGGAAUCUACAGAUGAUAAACAGAAGAAAACUGAAAGAAGCAAAGAGAAAAAGAAAAAAAUAGUUAGCACCAAAGUUCAUAAAGUAAACUAAGAGUUAUGGAACUUUGAUGUAAAUUAUCACUAGAUGGCGUCACUGUAAAUAUAAUCAAUUCUGAUUGGUUCAGUUUUUAAUGUGUUUAGAGUUUAGAGUUGUCAUGGUGUCAUCCACUCAGGAAUAUUUGUAUUAUCUUAGAAAUAACAAAGAUUUCAAGUUUUUUUAAUCAUUUUUUACCAAAAUUCAACAAAUCAUCUACAGAUUAAACUUUGAAUUUAAACACUGAUACAUUCUUGACAACUUGGUUUUGCAUUUUAAAACAUUAGAUGUUUAAUCUUAUGAAAUUUACAAAAUUUAAUUUCUGAACUGGCAGUGAAUAGCAUUUUGCUGAAAAAAAGCAGACGUAAAUCCAAGCAAAAAUUUUACCAACUAGACAUAAAAC